AUGUUCAUGAUCGGGACCAACGAUUCGAAGCUCAUCUGCACCCUGGUCACGAGCUCCCCGCGGGCGCGCGAGGAGACGGCCGAGGCGUACCAGCGGCUGUACGGCAAGUCCAUCCAGGAGGCCGUCGCGGGCGACACCUCUGGCGGCUACGCCAGAGUGCUCGACGCGCUGCUGAAGCCCCGCGCUGAGUACAUCUCGAAGAUGGCGCUGUGCAGGCUCCUGCUGUACAGGUCAAAGCCGACUCUGGUCGACAUCAUGGACGCUUACGAGAAGAAGUACGGCACACCUUUGCUGGACGAAGUUGCCUCCAGGACGAGCGGAUGGUUCAAGAGCACGCUCACGUACAUUUUGCAGGCCGUCGACGACCUCUUCGGCUGCUGGAACGCCGCGCUGUUCCUGAGGACCGAGCUCAGCCAAGAGCUUCGCAUCACGGCGAAGGAGAUCCUGAAGUCGAUGAAGGGCAUAGGCACCGACGAGGAGCUUCUGGUGCGGGAGCUCUACAACCUGCCGCCCCAGUUCCGCGCCCAGAUGCGCCAGGUGUUCAAGGACACGUGCUGCACGGGCUCGCAGACCAUCGAAUCAUGGAUCGAGGGUGACACGAGGGCAGAUUUCUCUGGGUUCCGAAAGCUGUGCCUGGAGCUCACGAAGACACCUUACGAGAGCGACGCGGACGCUCUCCGCGAGUCGAUGGUGGGAAUGGGCACCGACGACUCGCUCCUGCAGCGCACCCUGGUGCUGCGCCCGGCAAUAGAUAUGCCGAAAGUCAAGGCGAUGUACACGGAGAGGGACCCCAAGAAGGGCGAGCUCAGAAAGGCGAUCGAGGGCGAUACCAGCUACAACCUGAAGAAGACUCUGGUCGCUUUUACAGACCCGGCGGAGUUCAUCGCGGAGCAGCUGAACGAGGCGGUGAAGGUGUGGUACGGCACGGACGACUCCAAGCUGAUCCGCUUGGUGAGCGGACUUCGGCGCAACGAGAAAGCCAAGGAAAUCCUCCAGCGUUACGAGGACUUGGACACAACAGGAGUCUGCCGUGCGCUCAUCGAGGAGCUCAAGCACGAGCUCGGCGGCCCUUCGCUGUCCGAAGUGAAGGAGGCGUACUUGCGAAAUUACGGAGUCAGCCUCGAGGAUGCGAUCGCUGGCGACACUUCCUUCGACUAUAAGAAUCUGCUUCUCGCCCUCGUGGAGGACCAGGGCAAGCGCGACGCAAGAUAUGUUUACGAGGCAAUCCGGAAUGAUGGCAUGCCCUUCGGUCUUGGCACCAACGACUCGAAGCUCAUCGCAAUGCUUGUCUUGCGCACGCGCCACGAACGGGCGGAGAUCGUGAAGAACUACCCCGAGCUCUACGAUAAGUCGGUCGAGGAUGCGAUAAAGGGCGACACCAUGGGGUGGUACGAAGAGACGCUGCUCUCGCUACUGCGGCCCUUAGGCGAAGCCUUGGCGGUCUCGUGCAAUAAGGCCAUGAAGGGCAUUGGGACCGAUGAGGCGGCGUUGAUUCGCAUUCUGUGCUUCCACACGAAGAACGAGCUGAGGGAGGCACAGCGGAUCUACGAGGAAAAGUACGGGACGUCUCUCGCGGAUGCCGUGGCCUCCGAAACAAGCGGUUGGUUCGCCAAAGGAUUGGCCUACAUCCUCACGCAGGCCAUGGUGGACGAUAUCCUCGUCGACGAGAGCCGCUGCCUGACUCGCAAGGACGUCAGCGCCAAGGCGAAGGAUUUGGAGAAAGCAGGUGCGAGCGAGGCUAGUUAA